CCCAAUCACGUGACUUACUUUUGUUCCGUCAUAUCCGCCGUAAAAACAUGGAUUAUUGUUGACAAAACGGAACAAAUUUUUUAACACAAAAACAGUAACCGAAGCACUAAAAACAACAAAUAAAGCCACGGAAUCACCAUAGGAGACCAAAUGUCGGACAAACGCCGGGCUUUGCCGCCGUGGAUGUCAAAAGAGGACGCGGGGUUGAAAGAGAAGCAGCCUCGAGAGAACACCAAGAAGAAAGCCGCACGGGCUAUUUUAUACUGUAUGAACGAAAAAGAGAUGGUGGAAGCUGCUGUCGCAUAUCUGGGACACCAGAAUGUGAUUCUCCGGUCUGGCCAGCAGGUUGAAAGUAAAAUGGAGGAUGCAGCUGGUAAGAGGUACAGGAAAACGGCUUCUUCGUUAAAGAGAGACAAGCCAGCCACAGAAGCAAUAGAGGAGGCAUGUGAGAAUGUGUCCUACGUGUCGGAGACAGACCUGGACAUAAGCGAGAUGGACACAUUGCCGUAUGCCACCGAUAACCAGGAGCAGAAGGCGGAUUGUGAGGAUCUGGUGUCACCAGCUGCAGUCGCUUGUCUCAGGAAGGACAGCCUGCAGAUAGAAAAGAAACAUUUAACCAACAGCCAAGACAAGGACGAUGCCAUGCGUCUUGUGCGAGAAAUAUUUUUCAGUAGAUAAUGGACUCAGACAUAAUAGUAAAGUUUUUACAGCAGAGUAUGUAUUGCUUUCUUACAAACAAAAAACAACUUUCGCUGUCCGGCCAUUGUAAAUCUUGUUUUUUUUCUCAUGUUUUACAAGCAUCAACAUGCAGCCCACAUACAUACACAAACUGUGAAACUUCAUGGCCAUAUAUGCCUGUUUGCUGCGGUUACACAGUUAGAGGCUGGUAACUUUCCAACAUUAUCCCGCCCUCUCCCUGCUCCAACUAAGCAAAAUACGCCCUACAUAAUACACAUGUGCAUAGGAAAAUGACGUUAUGCUACAAAUGCAGUAUGAUUGAAAACAUUAAUGACUUUAUUGGAAUAUAACAACCUUUGCAUCA